AUGGGGCAGCUUCCAGUAGCACGUCUUUCUUCGGCUCGUGCUUUCUCUAACACUGGUGUGGAUUACGCCGGACCAGUGUCGAUCAAGACGUGGAAGGGGCGUGGUCAUAAGACCCAAAAGGGUUGGUUGGUGAUCUUCGUGUGUAUGGCCACGUCCGCUCCCCACUUGGAAGCUGUCACGGAUUAUUCUGCUGAUGGGUUUAUCAAUGCCUGUAGGAGGUUCGUGAGUCAUCGGGGGCACUGCGGAAACCUCUUUAGUGACUGCGGCACAAAUUUCAUCGGUGCUGACAAGGAGCUGGAGCUGGAGCUGUUUUCUGCUGGAUCGAAGGAGUUCCAGCAUCUCUCUGCAGUGUGUCUCAAGGAUGGAAGACGGUGGUCGUUCAAUCCAUCGGGAGCACCGCAUUUUGGAGGGAAAUGGGACGCAGCGGUGAAGUCGGUGAAGUUUCAUCUCUCUCGCACUGUUCGGGACACUUCACUGACCUUCGAGGAGCUCUCUACGCUGCUUAUCCAGAUCGAGGCGGUGCUCAACUACAGCCCUCUUCAGGCUCUCUCGGAAGACACUGACGACGUGUCUUGCCUCACCCCAGGACAUUUUCUGAUUGGAGAAGCUCCAAUCACUCUGCCGGAACCUUCGCUGGGUGAUAUCAACGUUGGACGUCUCUCAAGAUGGCAACUGAUUCAGUAG